AUAUGGUCAUUUCGGCCGGAGCGGAGAACCGGCUAAGAAGUCGUCAUUUCAAAUCAAGCUCAUGCUAAUAAGGCUAUAAAUGAAGGCUUCUCGUCUUAUUUGAAUUCGAGUUCAAAAGCUAUGGUAAUUCAUAUCUGACCGAUAAAACAAUGGCGCCUCUAGGAAUAGCAAUUAUUGGUGGUGGCAUCUUCGUUAAAGAGCAGCAUAUGCCCGCUGCUCUUGCCUCCCCCCUGCUUUCGAUUAAGGCUAUCUGGUCCCGGUCUCGUAAGAGCGCAGAAGAAGCCUCACGGCUUGUCUCUGGUGAUGCUACUUCCUCGGUGGAUCUAUACUCAGCAGAUUCUGGAGAUGGCAAGUCUUACGAAGACCUCCUUAAGCGCGACGACAUAGCCGGAGUUAUAAUUGCUCUUCCAAUCCUGGAUCAGCCCGCAUAUAUUGAAAAGGCCCUGGCGGCUGGAAAGCAUGUCUUGGCGGAGAAACCGAUAGCCAAGGAUCUUGAGACCGCUAAUAAGCUGAUCGCAUACUCGAAAGAGAUUUCAGCCGAGACCAAGGCGUCCUUAGCCAUAGCAGAAAACUUCCGGUUCCAACCAGGCUGGGCCUACGGUGCCGAGGAGGUUAAGAAGCUCGGCAAGGUUACGGGCUUUGUGGUGAGGCUGCAGUCUAUGAUGGAGGCAACCAACAAGUACUACCUCACACCGUGGCGGACAACGCCGCAGCACCAGGGCGGGUUCCUUUUAGACGGAGGCGUGCACUUCACAGCUGGCUUGAGGAAACUCCUAGGCGCAGAAAACGCCGUUGACACCUUGGUGGCCCAAACCGCCUUAGUUUCAAGCCAUCUGCCUCCAGUAGACUCCAUCAAUGCGAUCUUGAAAACGAAGUCAGGUGUAGUAGGCUCGUAUAUCACAUCUGUGGGAACGACUAUGGAUGCAUUCGAAUACCACAUCGCCUGCGAGCAAGGUGUUGUUAAGGCCGAGGGAGCCAAGGUAGUUACGGUCCGAGGAGUUGGGAAAAAUGCCGUGGCGGAGGAAAAGGUGUUCGAGAAGACUAGUGGGGUCAAGGAGGAGGUUCAUGCUUGGGCUGAGUCUAUCGUGUCGGGAGUACCAAACCCUAAUCAGACUCCUGAACAGGCACUCGCAGAUCUAGAACUAAUCGAGAAGAUGCUGUCGAGCGGCGAGCAGGAUGGGGCGCGUCAGAAGCUGGAGUAUCAGGGCUUCGUAUAGGGGACAUUCUAUAACUUGCUGGAACCGGGCCCUACAAGUAGUUUCGCGAGUCCCUCCCGUAAUUGAGAAUUCAUCCCGUUGACAUUAGGUCGUUGUGUUGAGCGGUCUACGAAGACUUGAACGUAUUCGCCCACAGCCUUGACUUGUUCAACGCCUUUCUCGAACAGUGCAAUUUCAUAGACGACACUAGAUUUCCCUAGUUUAUUGACCCGAAGACAGAGUUCUGCAACCUUGGGGUAUGAUAUAGGGGAAAGAUAAUUGCAACGCGUUUGAGCCAUUAGGGGAUGUUGCGCCGAGGUUGGUGGAUGGAGAGCACAAUGAUCAAUUAAGUAAGAAUUAAUCACAGAAUCAAAG